UCCGGGAGAAGUUUGUGUUUGCCAAAUCAAUAAGUCUCAGGGCUUGGAAGAUUAUUGCUGAUCGACGCGACUGCGGAGUGUUCGCUCCGGUGUGUCUCUCUGCACAUUUAAGGGGGGAGGGGGGAAGAGGAAACUGCAACUUUAAAUGCGGCGACAAUUCUAAGGUGAUCUCUGAGAGUUGGUGAGCAUGGAAAAGCCCAGUGAAACAGUGCAAGUGAAGGAGAAUUCAGAAAAAAACAACAAUCUCAUUGAUCCUAAAGGUCCCCCGGCUAAGAUACCCCGCCUGGACCAGAAUGGGAGUCUCUCCACCCGCAGCAGACUGGGUAGCAUGGGUGCCAAAGUGACUGGAGGCUCACUCAAACACACGGGCCAGCUGGUGAAAAUCGUUAAUAAAAAAGGAAAUAUGCUUCCUGUUUUCUGUGUGGUGGAACACUUUGAAAGCCCUAUUGAGUAUGAAAGUAAGGAAGAACAUGCAGAGUUUGUUCUGGUACGGAAAGACAUGUUAUUUAACCAACUAGUGGAGAUGGCACUGCUUUCUCUUGGAUAUUCCCACAGUUCUGCUGCUCAGGCUAAAGGUAUAUCAUUUCAUAUUUACAUCAAGAAUUAA